AUGCAUAAUCAUCAUCUUCAACUGGCAGCGAGUCUCAAGCCUGCUCAAGUCACGGUCUGCGGCGGCCACACAAGGCUUGCCAGUGGGCCUGCCAGUAGUAGGUCAAUUUUGGACACUGGCUACUGCCGCACUGCAGCUGAACAUGUCACUACUUGGUUUAUAAUUCUCUCAUUCUCGUUCUCACUUGUCCUCAUUUCCAUGCUUGUCUCGUCCAUCUUCUCAUCUUCUUCCCUUCUCCUGCACUCAUCCAUCAUCCGUAUUCCUCUGAGCCAUGACUAUCGGGAGCUGGAGGGCAAUUUUUCAGCGAAGAAGGUUCACCCUGGUGAUCUCAAGACAGCCGCUGCAAACGAGGCAAUGGGUGGUUUGUUCGUCCAUCAUCUACUAUGUUUGCCUGAACCAUGCCAGCAGUUGCUGACGUGUGCUGGGUGUUUGCGCAUGGUAUUUGUGGUGUUGGGAAUGGCCGCUGCAGCAGCAUGGUGGGGCGAAUUUGGUGGUCCCCCAAGUCAUUACAACUUGAAGGACUAUCAGGAGCUGGAGGACGAUUUUUCAGCGAAGAAGGCUCACCCUGGUGAUCUCAAGACAUCCGCUGUGAACAAGGCGAUUGUAAGCCUAGGCUUUGAGCCCAAGCUGGGCUGGAACAUCCGAGUCACUCUACUAAGACUUGAGUUGAGUAGUGUGCAUCUGAAUUUCUGUGACUGGCACUAG